AUGGUUGUAGAACUCAAGAAGGAGCUUGAGUCGAGGGGCCUUGAUUCGAAAGGCUUGAAAGCGGACCUCGUUGCGAGGCUUUCAGAGGCCUUGAAGAACGAGCAAGGACCUGACUCGGAGGCUGGAACGAAGGAGCCGUCGGUAGUGGAAAGCAAUUCUGAGGCGAAGGAGUCAAGUGCGAGCGAUGCCAAGGAUGUGAAUGGCAUAGAUGCUGAUAGCAAGCAGCCAAGUCAGCCUGCAGAUGAGUCGCAAGCGGAUGUGAAGCCUCCAGCGGAAGUGGCUGCUCCUGCCAAAGAUGCCCCAGCAACCAAGAGUCGGCUGAGAAAGGCGAUGAUGCUUCUGGAAAGAGGACAAGGGAGGAAGAUGAUGAUGAAGACGCCAGCAAGAGAUCAAAGGCAGACGAUUCACAAGCGCCUGCUGCCAAUGAAGCGCAGGCCCAUGUCGGACCACCUUCCUAUCCGCCUCCAGCGAGCUCUGCGCCUGGCGAUGCACAGCCAACCCACGACGCCACGGCGACUGCUGCUGCGCUCCCUCCUCCAGCCUAUCCCCCUCCUGGCCAAGCCCCUCCAGCGUAUCCUCCACCUGCUGGAGCCCCUCCAUACGCUCCUCCUUCUGAACAGCCUCCUUCAUAUGAUAAUGCACAAGCUGCUGGCCAGGCAGAUUCCAAUCAGCAGGUAUUAUUGGCAACAAUACAAUUACGCGCAAUAUUAUCAAGGUUACGGUGCAUAUCCUGGUUAUGAGCAAUACGGGGGAGCAGGGGUGACUCAAACGGUUGUGGUGGAGGUGCCUAACGACAAAGUUGGCCUGGUGAUCGGAAAGGGCGGUUGUACCAUCAAGGAGCUGCAACAGCGCACUGGUUGUAAGAUGCAAAUCACGCCUGAUGCAGCCUGGGCUGGCAAGUCAGAUCCAAGACCGAUACAGCUGCAAGGAACUGAGCAGCAGAUUUAUUGGGUGGAGCAGCUGAUCGCCGAGAAGAUCAACAUUCCGAUUGAAAACAUCCUUCAGACGCAACAGGUCAAGCCUGGCCUACCACCUCCAGCAGAUAUGGGGCUUGCCCAAUACGGGAUGCCUCCUCCUUAUGGGGCCCCGACAGCCGACCCACCUGUGGGCGCUUUCCAGACUUUCAUCAUCAAGGUCCCCAACGACAAGGUUGGGCUGGUGAUCGGAAAAGGUGGAUGUACUAUCAAGGAGAUUCAACAGCGAUCUGGAGUCAAGAUGCAAAUCACUCCCGAUGCCGCUUGGGCUGGAAGGGCGGAACCCAGACCAGUCCAGGUCCAGGGAACCUCACAGCAGAUCUACUGGGCGAAGUAUUUGAUCGCUGAGAAAGUCAAUUUACCGAUCGAACAGCUUGAGACAGUCGAGGCACCACCAGGUAGUUAG